CAUGGGUUGGACAUAAGUUAGCCUGAUUGAUAGCAGAUGGCGGUGCGUGCUGCUUCACGAGUAGUUCAGGCGACGCCUGCGGUGGUCUUCUACCGACGCACCAGCUGUGUGCCUGCGCUAGUGGAGGCGCCUCAGCUGACGCUGUCCAGAGAUGCGCCGCAAUGGCAGAUGCCCCACAACGUGUGGUCACCCGACAGCCUGAAUGGCGUUCGGGUCUCCGCGAUGCAGCCACACACCUUUGCGGACCACGCAGCAUCCUUCACGACUCAGGCGCUGAACAUUGUGCUUGACCUUGCCUCGGGCUUCACGUUCGGGCGCUUGGUGGGUCGGGAGAGCUCCUGGCUUCGUCGUUUGCAGCUGCUGGAGACCGCGGCCACCGCGCCUGCCACCUUCAGCGGCUUAGUUGCGAAGUUCCCACUGCGCCAGACGCGCUUGGACCGCGGCUGGCUGAGGGCCCUGUCGCAAUCGCAGCAGUCAGCUUCGCAUCUCUCCAUGAUUUGUGCUGCGCGGGGCGUGCGGGAAAGCCUUGGGCUGAAGUCGAUGGCCUACGUUUUUGGCGUGGGCUACCUCCUCUGGCCCCGGUUUGGGAAGUGGUGCGUGGACCACUCGCAGGAGGCUUUGAUCCGCGUCUACGCGCAGCUUUUGGAGGAGAUGGAUGAGGGCGAGCUGCCCACCUUGCGCGACAUGCCUGCGCCCGAAGUCGCUGUCCGCCACUAUGGGCUUUCUCCUGAGGCGUCGCUCCGAGAUGUCGUUGAACGCAUCCACUUGGAGGACAGGCUCGCGAGAUAGGGCAAGGUGAUGUUGGCAGAGAUUUCACAGGGUGCGCUUUUCGUUUCUGCGGAUUUCAAAUCCGCCAAACUCUGGGGCCCCGCCUGUCAAACCCGACC